AUGUUGCAAUACGGAAGAUUCUCUCCGAUUAUUGAAAAUCAAGCAAAAAGCUCCGAACGAAGAGAAAAUUUAUUUCAGAAAAUUAUUUCAAUUCUCUUAAAGCCUUUUAUCAGUGAGAAGUUCCAUUGGAGAUGCAUCUAUUCUGUUGGAUUAUUUCUCAACACUCUGAGUUUAAUUUAUUUAUUUAUAUAUUAUUUUGAUUCCAAGAAUGAAAAUGGGGAAAUUGUGAAUAUUAAUUCUGGAAUCAUCGGUAGCAUGAUCAUAAUUCUCCUUUAUGAAAUACAUUUAGUGAAAAGAUGUAUUGAAGUUUUUUCCUUUCAACCAUGGACUCACCCAGCAAGAUUGGUUGGAUCUUUCUUGUUUUUGAGUGGAGUUUCAUAUUAUAUUUGCGCUCCUCUAAGUUUAUUCAUUUCUUCUCUUGAACUAUGCAAUCAACCAAAAUAUAAGGAUAAUUACAUUAUACACAUGACAAUGACGAUAGUCGGAAUUGUGUUAUUCUUGUGGAGUUGCCUCCAUCAAUACAAAUGUCAUGCGAUUCUCUUUGCUCUAGCUUGCAUUAAGAACAAAAAUCCUGAAAUUGGUUAUCAAAUUCCAAGAGGAGAUCUUUUUGAAUAUUUAUACUGUCCUCAUUACUUUACAGAAAUACUCAUGUAUUUUUCACUUAAUUUAAUGCUUGGAUUUUCACAAUUUCCAAUGAUAUUUUGCUUUUCAUUUACUGCUCUCAACCUUUCCUACCAUUCCUUUGAGACCUAUCGAUGGUAUCAACAAAAAUUUAAAGACAAACUUCCAAAAUCAAGAAAAAUACUCUUGCCUUUCAUUGUAUAA